GCCCCAUGGCGAGCAUUUCGGUCGGCGCGAGCUUGGGCGUGCGCAGCACGGCGCGGCCGGCCCGUGCAGCCCCCGCCGCCGAGGCCGACGGGCGCUGGGGACGUCGCGACAAGGUCUCGGAGGCGGCAUGGCCGCAAGCCAACUUUAUGCAGCGCAUCGACUUUCCUGACGUCGACCACGCUACCGCGUCGCUCAUGGUGCCCCACAUCCUCGGCGCCAAAGGCGCCAAGAUCUCGGCGGCGUCGCGCGCAUCCAACAGCCGCCUCACGCUGCGCUACGGCAAGUCGGGCAGCGAGAAGAACAACAUUGUGAUCAUUGGCACAACGCAGCUGCGGGUCGAGCACGGUGCGCGCCUGGCCAAGGAGCUCCUCGACGACGCGUUGAAGCUCGCGCAGGUGCAGCGCAAGUCCAACAAGCCGUCCAAUGAGCUCAAGCGCCCAGCUUCGUCGAUGACGAGCUCGUCGCCGCGCCCCAUGUCGACGCGCCAGCGCGCACAGAGCCUCCCGAACCCGACGCACAAAAAACCAUUGGCCCGUCCCGACGCUCUGGAAAUCAUCAGCGACUCGUCCGACUCGGACAGCGAUUUUCCGUCGUCGCCUGUCCCGUCGACGCCGGAAGCCGCGCACCCGGAGAUUGUCGACAUGACCGGCGACGCCCCGCUCGUGCCGCCGCCGUUGCCGCCGCGUCCACCCAUGGUCUCCGUCGCCACGGACACGGCCGACGACGCCAUCGCCCCCCCAACGUCGUACCACGCGACGCUGCAGCAUCUGCAGCACUCGAUCGCGUCUGCGCUCGAGAGCGCCGAUGACCUCCGGUACAUGCCAAAGACGCGGAACCUGCAGCGAUCGAUCGUCGUGUCCAAGCGCAAGGUGGCUGCGCUCCAGCAGCUCCACACGUGGCAUCAAGUGCACUUUCGAUACCCAAAGCUGCCGAUCCUGCCCGUGACCAAGCGCCUUCGCUGCGCGACGCCUGACGAGCUCCGCGCGCGCAUGCGACCCGAGACGCGCAGUGCAGCACCAAGCCCACUACCGACGUUCCUCGCACCGCUCUUGCAGCAGCCCAAGCACAAGGCGCAGUGGCUCGGGCUCCAGCACUUUGUGCCAACGUACGUGCCAUAUUCGUUUCUCCAGCCGAUUCGGAUGACGCACCUCACGCUCCAUGCACUGCGCGACCACAUGUGUCCGCACCGGUCGCAGUACAUUGCGCAGUACAACAUCCUCGCGACCUCGAUUCGGUCGCAACCGACGCUCCAGCUCGAGUACCUCAUGCACCUCUGCUGCGCGCUCCGGCAGCUCGUCCGCGACCAGCUCGCGGUCGACGAGUGGCGCCGCCGCGGGUACGUUGAGCCCAUGGAGCCGUCGGCGCCCGACCUCUUUGGCCAGCACACGUCGUGGAAGCUCCAGGUCAACCGCCGCAUUUGUCGCAGCACGGCGCUGCACCCGAUCGUCCAGCCGCUCCUUGUCGACACGUGCGCGUCGUUUCCGUUUCUCUGGAGCGUGCUCUCGGUCUGGACGACCGACGAACGCGCGAAUUGGAAGACGCCGCUCGAAGACGCCGGGCCGCUCCAAGAGAGCGUUCGCACGGUGCUCAAGACCAACAUUGGCAAGCUGGAUACGCAGGCGCUGCUCACGUACGAAGGCCGCGUCCACAGCCGCGUGCACGCGUAUGUGCAUCUGCUCUCGCGCAACAUGCUGCGUCGGUGGCAGCACCUCUUCACGAUGCAUCCAGAGCUGACGCUGAUCGCGUGGUGGGAGCGCGACGGCGCCAAGCCGUGGUUUGACGAAGUCGCGCCGCCGACGCCAUCGAGUGCGACCGACUCGGACGACGACGUGGUUGAUGUGACGCCGGUCGCGAGUGCGUCAACGCUUUCCAACCUCCACCAGCUCCUCGCCAAGUGCCAGUCGCUCGCCCCGGCCAUGUAGACCUUUGAGUAGAAUCCAAAUGCGAUACUCGUACAACUAGACAUA